AUGACCGAUCGGCAAGGUGAAUUGAUGCGACGUCGCGAACGACGAGCUAGCACGUUACUAUCUCGCAACCCACUUCAGCUCCCAACCAGCGACGAUGAUUCGGAGUACAGUCGAUGUCCGUCUCCUCUACUUACCAUCAAUAGUGGAUAUCGUGUGGACCCAUUUACGUCCUACCCCGUCGCCGAGGCUUCUCGUGGAGUGCGGUACAUGAUCGACUAUUAUACACAAGUGUGGGCACCUCAACAGGCUUCCGCGUCCAGUAUUGUUGGUGAGAGGAAUACGCUUGUCACAACGAUCCUACCACUUGCUUUGCAGAACGAAAUGCUCUUCGAAGCGACCAUCGCCAUGUCCAGAGCAGCUUGGGUAGCCAGACGAGGUUCCGAACCUCUGAACGACAAAAUGUUGCUUCGGCAUCGAGGCAAAGCCAUGAGCGACCUGCGCAGUAGCCUCAGUGGUCCUCAUCAACGAGUUUCUACCUAUGUCUUAUUGACAAUGUCUACACUCUUGACGAUGAAUUAUAUGAUCAACGACAUCGUAUCGUUCAGGGUUCAUCUGCAUGCUUUGGAGAAGAUGCUACAAGCGACGAAUCACAAAGAAGAGAACGAAAUCGUGCAUUUCGUGCGAGGUCGUGUCCUGGCGUUUGGUGUUCUGGCAUCAUUUCUGCAGGCCAACCAACCAAGUUACGCAACCAGAGUCAAUGAGCCUGGACAUAGGAUCAGUACACUAACAUACCCUGGUCAUCCAUUCCCGCCCGAUCUUUGUGAAAUCGUCUCCAAGCUGCCAGAAGGCUUUUCGGAGGUCGCUCUGAGCGGCAGUAUUGCGAUCGAGCUCAUCAGCUUCUUGGUAAAACUGACCGAAUUAGUUACAUGGAUGUCAUUGUCUCCAAGUCAAAAAUCCGACGACUCUCAACCGGAACUGACGAUGCAACGAGCUAUUUACGAUCUCCAAUGUCUAUCCGUUCUCCCUCUAACGUCCACCGAAGGACAGAUCGUACGUGCCGUCCUAGCAUUCUGCUUACACGUCUACAACGAAAUGUCGUACAGGAUCCCACUGGCCCGACCUCUCCACCCACUCUUGGAAGUCUUCGACAACCCCGCCCAGUUCCCACGAAGUCCCUGGCUCCAGAGAUGUCUCCUGUGGUCUUCGAUCGUCACUGCCAGUGCGUGGGACACCCAGAUCGAUGCGGUCCCACGGACGCACUACGUGCUUGAGAAAUCAUUGAACCAAGUACCCGAAGCGAGGUCCUGGGAGGAGACUAAAGAGGUGAUGCAGAAGUUCUUUUGGGUGGGUAGCCUCGAAGAACAGUGGGAGAUAUGCUGGCGUGCUGCGGCUUUCAGACGCUUUCGACAGAGGCGAGGUGCUUCUCAGAUCCAUGCCGUGUCGGAACUCCUGCAGAGCGAUCGUGCACAGACUUCAGAGACCCCUUCUUCUCACUCUCAUGGCAGAGUGAAGUCGGAACCUCAAGAUGCCGAGUGA